UUUAUAGUGUAGCCAGUUGAGUCAGGAUCUCUCAACCGUGUGAUUUUAAGGAUAGCUGUGAAACUAGAUUCUGAAAGCACUUGCUCAAGUGUGAAACAAAGACUUAAAAGGCUUCCGGCCCCUGACUUUUUUGACUAAUUUGUAGCGGUUAUGAACGGGCCAUAUGUUCAAACUUGAAAACGUGUUGUCAAAACUUUAAUGACCGUUCACUAACAUCCUUUCUGUAUUCUGUGGUCGAACUCUGUUCCUAUCCAGGGUUCUAGCUUUCUCUAUCUCUAGUGUUCUAGAUGAAGUCGUCUUUUGUAUCAACGAAGCUGAAAAGCCAAAAUUCAUGAUGAAUUGAAACCAUUAUAUAUUAGUUCUUUAAGGUUUGAUUUGUUGCCAAUUGUGGUUUGUUUACUCUUUGUUUCACUUGAAUUCACCUUGAAUGGUUCUAGUUACUUCUGUUCUCUCUAUCACAUCUUCACUGGUUGACUGGUUGGCACUUGAUGGUUACUUGAUCAUUUAUACGUGGAAGUCCAUCUUGAACAGGUUUAUAAUGAAGUUCUGAGGAAGUUUUACAAGUCCAAAUUCACCCCAGAAGAAAAAUGAAGAAAGAAAUCACAUUGGUCCAUUCCCAAUGCAUUUUAUUCUUCCUAUGGGUAUAUCUCUUGUUACUAGAAAGGGCAGUGGGUGAUCCAAGAUCUCAAACUGUCAAAAUGAUGUGUGGAAACCAAUUGGAGCACAACACAACUAUUUUUGUGCCUAAUUUUGUUGCUACAAUGGAAAAUAUUAGUGAACAAAUGCGAACAACUGGUUUUGGAGAGGCAGUUACAGGUUCAGGACCAAACACAAACUAUGGGCUUGCACAAUGUUAUGGAGACCUCUCUUUAUUAGAUUGUGUAUUAUGUUAUGCCGAGGCACGUACACUUCUUCCCCAAUGUUUCCCCAACAAUGGAGGUCGGAUUUUCCUUGAUGGAUGCUUCAUGAGAUCAGAGAAUUAUAGCUUCUUUGAAGAGUAUACAGGUUCUGGAGACCUGGCAGUUUGUGGGAACACAACAAGAAAGAAUUCAAAAUUUCAAGAAUCAGCUAGGCAGGCUGUGAUGCGUGCAGUUGCUUCUGCACCUAGUCAUGGAAAUUAUGCGCGAGCUAAGAUAGCUGCUUCAGGUUCCAAUGAGUCAGCUUAUGUGUUGGCUAAUUGCUGGAAGAACCUGAAUAAGAGCUCAUGUGAAGCAUGCUUGGAGAAUGCCUCUGUGUCUGUAUUGGGGUGCUUGCCUUGGUCAGAGGGUCGAGCACUGAAUACCGGGUGUUUCUUGAGGUAUUCAGAAAAAAAUUUCCUUAACAAAGAACGGGGAAAUGGAAGCAAUAGAGGGACCAUAAUAGUGAUAGUAGUUUCAGCAGUCAGUUCCUUGGUGGUUGUGGCAGUUGUAAUAGUUAUUGGAGCUCAUAUCUGGAAGCAGAGAUACAUACAAAAGAAAAGAAGAGGUUCAAAUGAUGCAGAAAAAUUGGUGAAAACUCUUAAAGAUAAAAGUUUGAACUUUAAAUACUCUAUACUUGAGAGAGCUACACAAUCUUUUGACGAUGCCAACAAGCUUGGCCAAGGGGGAUUUGGUACAGUCUAUAAGGGUGUUCUGCCUGAUGGAAGAGAAAUUGCUGUCAAGAGGCUUUUCUAUAACAACAAACACAGAGUAGCAAAUUUCUACAAUGAAGUUAACAUUAUAAGCAGCGUAGAACACAAAAAUCUGGUCAGAUUGCUGGGAUGCAGUGCUUCAGGACCUGAAAGCCUUCUUGUCUAUGAGUUCCUGCCUAACAAGAGCCUUGAUCGCUUCAUCUUUGAUUCAACAAGAGGUAAAACACUGAACUGGGAGAAGAGAUAUGAAAUUAUCGUUGGGACAGCAGAGGGUUUAGUCUACCUUCACGAGGAAUCCAAGACUAGAAUCAUUCACAGAGAUAUAAAAGCAAGCAACAUUUUGUUGGAUACAAAACUACGUGCUAAAAUUGCCGAUUUUGGGUUGGCGAGGUCUUUCCAAGAAGAUAAAAGUCACAUCAGCACAGCCAUAGCAGGAACUUUAGGAUACAUGGCUCCAGAGUACCUAGCCCACGGCCAGUUGACAGAAAAGGUAGACGUAUACAGCUUUGGUGUACUUUUGUUGGAAACUGUUACUGGAAGGCCAAACAACAGGAGCAAAACCUCAGAAUACUCUGACAGUCUACUGACAAUUACUUGGAAGCAUUUUCAAGCAGGGACUGUUGAGGAACUUUACGACAGAAAUCUCAUGUUGAACAACUGUGAUAACAGCGUUGUUAAGGAUGAAAUGUUAAGAGUGGUGCAAAUAGGACUUCUCUGCACUCAAGAGAACCCGUCAUUGCGACCAACAAUGUCAAAGGUGCUACAGAUGCUACAAAAGAAGGAAGAACACCUCCCUGCACCCACUAGUCCCCCCUUCACAGAUGAAAAAACUAUGGAACUAAAUGACACUUGCGAGGACCCAAGCCAUCCCUUGAAUUCUGGCGCUUUUGCAUCACUUGCCAGUAUUACCCAUAGUUCCUUCUAUCCUAGAUGACCCAAACAAAGAAAAGUUGGAAUUUUCACUAAACACAGAAAUAUUCAAGAUGUUGAUUAGAAGUGAGAAGCCCCCAGAAAUCUGAGACUAUCAGCAGUCAGC